AUGACAGGUGAAAGAGUUUCAGCUAAGGAACUGGCAGAAGCUAAGAAGGCUCAUGCAAUCGAAUUCAUGAAAUUUCUCGAGGAGUCGAAGAACGCGCCAAUGUACUUUUGUGAUAGUUGGAUUUAUAGCGUGAUCAUGCAAGUUGUAAUCAUCGGCACUCUUAUUCCCUUACACAUUCAUCUCCAAGAGAACAACGAUUACUUCUACUUUGUAAGAUACAUGAUGGGGAUGCAAUUUUUGUUCCUUAUAGCCGAAAUUGGAUGCUUCAAACUACGGAUUCAAGGUAGAGUCAUGGGAAGUAUCAGCCACAUGUGUGGCGUUGUUGCCAUCAUCCUACACCUUCGUCUGAUUUCUUCGGCUCUUGCUAUGGGCAUAGGCAUACCACUUUCUCUGUGGAUCCUUAUUACCAUCUUCUACACAUGUAUUGUGGCCUCCGUUGACUUCCCAGAGUUGACUUUAAAUGAUUUGAUGUCAACUGUUUGA